ACUGCCGGGACGGCGGAGGACCGGCGGGGCGGGGUACCAAUAUGGCGGCGGGGAGUCGAGGAAGAACUUCAGAGGUUCUGUCAUCGCUUCCCUUACAGAUCCUGUUUUAUGUAAAUGGGAUUUAUUACACCUUCUACUUCUUGGCAACUCUUGCAAUGAUUGUUUACAAAAGUCAAGUUUUCAGUUAUCCAGAUGAUUUCCUGGCUCCUGAUCUUGCCGUGCUUUUCCUUAUGACCGUGCUGGAAGUGCCUCGACUGUACCUGGGUUGCAAGGGAAACCUGAGGGAGGAGGAGGGUGCGCUGGGGCUCAGCCUGGGGCUGACGGUGGGCAGCGUGGUGCUCAGUGUGUACCUGCUGGCCUGGCAGACCUACGUGCUGUGGGCUGACGUCGUGCUCACCGCGGUGCUGCUCUGUGCCUACGGGCUGGAGUCGGGGCUCAAGGUCACGGCCAUCGCUGCCUUCGUCAGCUGAGCCCGGCACCCUGGCCUUCCACAGCACAGGGGGCUUUCAGUUCAAGCAUUUAGUUCCUUUGCAUGGAGAACUUGUGUUUCAGUUAGAAAUUCUUGGGGCAGAGAUGUCCCUGCGUGGCAGGUGAGACGUCCUGCCCAACCCUUCCCUGACACUGUCCCACUCCUGGCUUGUUUAUGGGCAAAGGCAAAGGAUGAAUCGGCAAAACCCUCAAUGCUCAGACACUCACCAGGGAUCAAGACUGAAUACCCAUUCCAACCCAGGACAGGAGUCAGUGCAUCAUCCCUGCUGGGGUGGUGGGAGUUUUCAUGGCACAGCAGCAACGUGCAGCCCAAGUGGCACAGAAGUGAACCAGGCCAGGACUCGCUCCUGCCUCGCCACUCACACGGCCCUACAGCUCCUCUGCUGCUCUCAUUUGUGCUUCCAGACCUCAGUGGGAAUUUCCCUGACUUUAGUAGGGCAGAACCUGGUGUAUCCCAGCGGGAGACAGUGGAACUGGGUUUUGUGCAUACCCAGAGAGCUGAGCUGCAGGGUCUGGGCAGCUGUUCUUACUGACGUGGAACGUGAGGGGAUGUUUGGGAAAUAUGAUGGCCUCAAAAUGAACAAAACCGUUCACCACUCACACUGACUUCUGUUCUUUUUCAAAGUCAAACAGAAUGUUGGCAUGUGGAUUUCUAUUUGGUGUUGAUUACCACUAUUCUGCAAAAAUUACUACAUUCAAGCCUUGUCUUUUAACUGAAGAACUUGUACAAGUUCAGAGUUUUUUACUGUAUCAAAAACGUGUUAAUGAAAAGCUUGAGGAGUUUGUGGGGUUUUAAAGAAGCAGGUUUUAUAUUCAGAAUUUCCUAUUUUUGUAUUUAUUUAUUCAUUCAAAUAAAUAAUGUUUUAGAUCUAAGGAGUGUUUGAA